AUGAAUAGUAAAUCAAAAUUUAAAACAUUAGUUAUUCUUGAUCUUGAAACAAGUGGAUUAGUUUAUGAUGAACCAAAAAUAACUGAAUUAGCUAUAAUUGCUGUUCAUAUUUCAACAUUAGAUGAAAUGAAAUCUGAUGAAGAAUUACCACGAGUAUUAAAUAAACUUGUUAAAUUUUUUGAUCCAAGAAAAACAAUUCGUUCUAAAGCAACAGAAUUAUCUAAUUUGGAUAAUCAUAUGUUAAAAAAUUAUGCAUCAUUUAAUCAUCAAACAGUAAUUGCAAUCGAACAUUUUUUAAAUGAUUUUCAAAAACCAUUAUGUUUUGUUGCUCAUAAUGGGAAUAGAUUUGAUUUUCCUAUAUUAUUUAAUGAAAUUCAAACUGCUCUUCGUACUAAUGAUUCUACUUCAAUAAAUCAAAUAGAUUCAUCAUUAAUAUCAAUAGCUUGUGUUGACUCAAUUAAUUUCUUUCGUGAAAUAUAUCGAUUAAUUAGUGAUGAAAAUAUUCUUGAUAAGAAACAUAUAGAUAAUAUUAAUGCAUCUAGUGAUUUAUCUUUAUCGAAUGUUGUUUCAAUAAAUCGUCGUAAAUAUGUUGAAAUACCUAUAAAAUCAAAUCUUGCUCGACAAUUACCAUCAAUGAAACUAUUGAAAAUAUAUGAACGAGAGCUUAAUCGAAUACCAAUUUUAACAUAUCAUCGUGCUGAAGAUGAUUGUUUAAUGCUUUUAGCUAUUUUAAAACGUUAUCUACCUGAUUGGCUUCAAUGGAUAGAUAUUAAUCAUCGACUAUUAAGUGAUUUUACUUUUUUACCAUCAUCAACAACAACAACAAAGACAACAAAAUUUUUGUCGAAGAAAAACGUCAAUUGUAAACGACCAUUUAAAUUUUAG